AUGGUUANAAUAUAUAAUUUGUACAAAUUUCGAUUAAAUUGUUUCUCUAAGAAAAGUCUUCCUUAAAGAUUUGCUUAAAAAAUUCUCAAACUUAAAAUUGAGAUUGUUAUUAAUGAUUAAACAUCUCAUAAUUACAGGAAUUAAUUUCACUUUAAAUGUUAUUAAAUAACUUUCUUUAAGGUUGAUCUAAAGUAUUAUGACUCAAUCAAACACAAAAUGUAAACUUUUUUUUAAGAAAUUCAAUGCUCUUAUGCUUUUUUUAAACUUAAAGAUAAAAUGAACAAUUUCUAUUAUAAAAGGAAUCAAUUCAAAAUAAUAGAGAUAUAUUUGAGAAAUAAUUAAAAAAAAUUGAACUUGACUACCUAAUGA